AUGGAAUCCCGAACCUUUCCCACCACGAAGCUGCUCCUGCUGGGGCUGAGCCUCCUCCUGUGCCUCGGAGCCGCCGAGGCUCUCCGGUGCCACCUGUGCAAGUACAAGAUCCCCUUGGUGGGCUGCCUGCGGGGCGCCAACGUGACGAGCUGCGAGCGCCGGGAGAAGUGUGCGCUCAUCAAAACCUCCCUGGGUAAGAUGACCCUUUACUACCAGCAGGGCUGCACCUCGGCCCUGAACUGCGGCCGGGAGCGGGCGUCGGACGCCGAGUCCCGGCUGAGCUCCCGCUACUCCUGCUGCGAGACCGACCUGUGCAACGAGGAGUGGGGCGAGGAGCGCCGGGACUGA